AUGCAGAUUAUUGUCGCAUUCUAUUUUGGUCUGAUGAGAUCACUUCAAUCAUUGACAUUUCACAAUCAACCUAUUGGGGGUGAUAAUCUGACCUGCCAACCAAGUCUAGUCGCGCUUUAUCAGACCUUUUUCACUAUCCCAAGCAAUGAAUCAGUAGGUUAUCCUGGGACCUGGAUCGAAGGCGAUCGCGCGGUUCCCGGCUUGUUUCAAUGGAAAGUUGAUCGCUUUUAUCAAUUUCGCAACCACAAAGAAAGCUCGCGUAUGAAUCGGAUCAGUACCCCCUACAGCGCUGAAAGACUUGAUUGCUCGAUCAAUCUUGUCAGAUCAGAUUACAAUCUCGAUACCAACGGGCUUUCAAUCGGAAUUUGUGCCACAUGCCUUCUUGAGGACCGAACUCAACUAGAAGACGGGAGCCAAGAUAUGACUGGAGUGUGUACUUCGUGGGAUUCGAAUGCGGUGAGCCAUCCCAGGAGCUCAGAGCUGGAUCAGCUUUACCAAGUCCUCUCUGAGAUAGAGCAACUUUCCAAGGGUUUGUCAAUACCAGCAUAUUCCUUACCAUUAUCAGCAUAUCCGCCAGGCUAUAAUGCGUCUCAAGAAGAUCUAUAUCGAGGAACUCCGAUCAAACGAAUUUCACAGGUGACGCUGAUCCUAGAUCACAUGGUGUUAUUACCACCAAAUUCGCCUCGGCGGAUUCGUGCAGAAAUUGGCCCAUCCACAACGAUUCAGUCACCUGAAGGACAGAUAGUUGUCAAUGACAAAGAAGUUCUCAACAUGCUUGAAGCUUUCAAAGCUACCUUUGAUAGCUCUUCACUGCCACCUGAUAAAUUUGAUAUUAAUGGCACUAUAGUUGAUGGCCCUCCACCAGAGAAUGGUGCCAUGACUGGCUCUUCAGCUGAUGGCUCUGGCUUUUCAGUAUUUUCCAUCAAAGUGCCAAGUAUUGGUGAUUUGAAACCUGUUUUGCACAACCAGAAUCUGACUAGCACACCGGAGGUCCUACAAUCAAUGUUUAAUCGAACCAUGAACGCCAAUAGUCUUUUGAUGGACCUCGCCGCUAGAGAUUUGCAUCAUUCGACGAUUGGUGUGAAUUACAUGUGCACUGAAACCAAGAAAGAAUGGCAGCCUUUCCUAAAAGGAUUUUCAAUGGUCGUUGCAGGCGCGACAGCAGUUUUCAACGCAGUUUAUUCUAUGCUCCUCAUGUUGGCUCGCAAGAUUGACAGUUUUCAAAAGAAGGAGAACAAAGUUAGUGAUUUGGAAGCUGGCCGCCACCCUUCAACGCUUACUCUAAAUGUAGAAGAGCAUAUCGCUUUGGCCAACAGAACUGUAGAUUGA